AUGUGUGACGAUGAAACAGGCCAUCAUGUCACAGGGCUUGAGAUUAGAUCUUUUGGUCUUGUAGGUGAGAUUAGCCCUUCAUUGGUUAACUUAACCUACUUGAAUCGUCUUGAUCUUUUCGGAAAUUUCUUUAAUGGAACCAUUCCCAGGUCCUUUGGUUCCUUGACCGAAUUAAUGUUCCUUGACCUUUCAAAUAACUCUUUUUAUGGAACCAUUCCUCAAGAGUUCGGAAACCUCACCAACUUGCAAGAGCUUUCCCUUGGAUACGUUGGAAGAUGUAGUGUUGAAAACAUAGAGUGGUUGUCCCAUCUUUCUCAUUUGGAGAUACUUGAAAUGGAUGGGAUUUCCCUUGCCAAAGCAAACCAGUGGGUAAAUGUGAUUUUGAAUCUCCCAAAACUAUCAGAUUUAAGUUUAGAUGGAUGUGAGCUGUCACAGGUCAUGUAUCCAUAUUCUUCUUCAUUUCUCAACUCUUCUUAUUCCUCAUCUAUUGAAGUCCUUUAUCUUGGAAACAACAGUCUCACCUCAUCCAUGUAUCGUUGGUUGUUCCCAUUAACCACCAAUAAGCUUCAAAUCCUUGAUCUCUCUAGCAACAUGUUAGAUGGGAUACCCAAAUAUCUUGGUAACCUCUGUAGUUUGGAAUAUUUUGCAUUUGAUAACAACUCUGCUGUUGUCAAUUUUCCUGAUUUUCUCAGCAAAUUGUCUGGAUGCACAUCCCUUACACUACAAGAGUUGUAUGCUCGAAGAAACCAAUUUAAAGGGUCACUGCCUGAUUUCAUCCAAAACUUUUCAUCCCUAUCAUUUCUGGGCCUAUCAGAUAAUCACAUGAAUGGAACCAUAAGCGAGAAACUGUGGGAACUACCCAAACUUAAAAAGAUCGACGUUUCUCAAAAUUAUCUUAGUGGUGCCAUCUCUGAAAACAUUGGAAAGUCGAAGGCUCGUAUUAUAAACCUUUCGAAAAACCCACUCCAAGGAGUUCCUUCCGCAGAUCAUAUGUCAAACCUUUCUUCUGUAGAGCAGCUUGAUCUGAGCUCUUGCAACCUAGGGCCCCACUUCCCCAAAUGGAUUCAAAAACUGGAAAAUCUUACCCUUCUUGAUAUUUCCAGCACUAGAAUUUCAGAUGCAGUUCCUCCACAAUUUUGGAACAUGCAAUUCAGCUAUUUGAAUCUCUCUUCCAACAACAUCAGUGGGGAAGUACUGAAUCUAUCAAGUUUUGCCAAAAGUAAAUUGAUAGAUUUGAGCUCCAACAGCUUUACGGGUCCAAUACCGGAUCUUCCUUCCAGUUUGGCAUUGUUAAAUCUUUCCAGAAACAAAUUCUCUGGAGGAAUCUCCUUCAUUUGCCAAAUUGUCGAUGGGUUUUUACAAUUUCUUGACCUCUCCCAUAACUCUCUAACCGGACAAAUUCCAGAUUGUUUGUGGCAGUUCAAUGAACUAAAAGUUCUCAAUCUAGGACACAACAGUCUGUUUGGAAAGCUUCCUCCCUCUAUUGGGUCUUUGGUACAACUGGAGGUGUUGUAUUUGUACCAGAACAACUUCUCUGGAGAAUUGUCUUUGUCUUUAAAGAAUUGCACGAGUUUGAGUUUUUUGAAUUUGGGGGCCAACAAGUUUUCUGGUAAUGUGCCUUUUUGGAUUGGGGAAAACUUUUCAAGGCUGUAUGGUCUUAUCCUAAGAUCAAACAACCUCGUCGGAACCAUCCCUUUACAGUAUGUUGACUAUGCGAUGAUCGAGUGGCAAGGAGAUGAGCGUGAAUUCACCAGUAAUCUGGGAUUGUUGAAGAGCAUUGACCUGUCAAGCAACAAUAUAACAGGACAUAUCCCAUAUGAACUCACCAAUCUUCAUGAACUGCUUGCCCUGAACUUGUCAAAAAACGCUCUACAUGGAGAGAUUCCACAGCAAGUUGGUCAGAUGAAAAACCUUUUGGCUUUGGAUUUAUCUAGAAACAGUUUAUCAGGAGGGAUACCAUCAACCAUUUCUCAGAUGACCUUAUUGAGUUACCUAGACGUGUCGUGUAAUAAAUUGUCAGGGAGAAUCCCAUCAAGCACUCAACUCCAGUCCUUUGAACCUUCAAGAUAUGAUGGAAAUGCAGGACUCUGUGGACCUCCCCUUUCCAGAAAAUGUCCAGGAGAUGAAGGAUCACAAGUACCAUCAAUCGUUGAUAAAAGCGAGGGUGAUGAGGAAGACAUAGAUGAACUUGAGAGAUGGUUCUAUAUUGGUGGGGGCACUGGUUUUGUUACUGGGUUUUGUAUGGCAUGUGGCACUCUACUUCUCAACCGUCGUGGUAGGCAUAAGUUUUUUUACUAUUUUGAUGGGUUCAAAGAUUGGGUUUAUAUAAAGGUGGUGGUGUUCAUCGCAAAUUUGCAAAGGGUUAGACAUACAUAG